ACUCCUACGGUCCUUAUCAACGGUUGUCAUUUAUGCCUCUGACACUGACAGACGUCAUCGUUUAGGGUUGAGGUUAUGUUACUUUUGUUCUUCCAUCCUCUUGUUCAAUAUCAUCUGUUAUCUUGAAUAAUUGAGGGGCUAAUUCUUCCGUCUCAUAGACAGAUCGAUAUUGAAAAUUAAUCAUACUUCUUUAGACUUUCCCAAUAAACUCCCGUUAAUUCCAUAUCAAAGAAGUAUUAUGUAACCUACUUCUUGGGAAAUUUAGAAUAGAAUUAUUCAAAAUGUCAGAGGUAAUGGCAAAUGGGACUAAUACUAAGCGGGAUCCAGUACUUUCUCGAUUGCUCACCUCGCUGAAAACGAGCGGUGGAAGUCUUCCCUGUACAGACGAAGAUAUAGGCUUUCUCAGCGAACUUCUGCAAUCCAAAGAACUGCACGCCUUGGUUAAUGUACAUAAUAAAAUCAUCAGCAAUGGGGCCAGCGGAAAAUUCUUCCCUAUGCUCUCCACAUCCAUGCACGUCAUGGUUGAUGUCCUCGAAGAAUUGGCAAGUGUUCCUCAGGCUUCAGACGAAUGCAAGGAGUUGUUUUAUUUGCUGCAGAAGCCUAAUAUACAGGGUGUCUUAUGUGCACACGACGCUGUGGCUCAGAAAGAUUAUUAUCCCCAUCUCCCAGAAAUUCCCCCAGAUGCAGAUGAAGAAGAAGAAACUGUUAAAAUAGUACAACUUGUUAAAAGUAACGAACCUUUGGGAGCCACAAUAAAAACAGACGAAUCCACAGGAAAAAUCAUCAUAGCUAGGGUAAUGCAUGGAGGGGCAGCUGACAGAUCUGGAUUGAUCCAUGUAGGGGAUGAAGUUGUCGAGGUCAACAACAUCAACGUCGAGGGAAAAACUCCAAAUGGCGUUCUUAGUAUACUGCAAAACUCGGAGGGUACCAUAACGUUCAAAUUGGUUCCAGCUGAUGGAAGACUGAAUCAACGAGAGAGUAAAGUACGCGUGAGGGCCCAUUUCAAGUACAACGCAGAAACUGAUCCGUAUAUACCGUGCAAGGAGGCAGGUUUAGAUUUCGAGAAGGGCGAUAUUCUUCAUAUUGUUUCACAAGAUGAUGCCUACUGGUGGCAAGCAAGAAAAGAGGGAGACAGAAACAUGAGAGCAGGAUUGAUACCCAGCAGAGCUCUUCAAGAACGGAGAAUUGUACAUGAAAGAUCCCAAACGAAUUCGGAGGAUCCUGAGCCUCUUUGUUCGGUUUCUCCAAUACUGAGUCUAUCUUGCAAUCAAUCACCAAAGUCCCCACACUGUGCAUCGGCCCCUAAAACAAAAAAGAUCAUGUACGACACCACAGAAAAUGACGACUUCGAUAGAGAACAGAUUGCGACUUACGAAGAAGUGGCGAAACUGUAUCCAAGACCUGGCAUCUACAGGCCCAUAGUCUUGAUAGGAGCACCAGGUAUAGGCCGUAAUGAACUGAAGAGGCGAUUGAUAGAUACAAACCCUAUGAAGUAUAAAACACCCAUACCGUUUACUAGUCGACCGAUUAGGCCUGGCGAAGUGGAAGGAAAAGAUUACUUCUUUGUCACUAGGGAAAAAAUGGAAGAAGACAUCGAAGCAAACAAAUUCAUAGAGUUCGGAGAAUACAAGGGUAACCUCUACGGUACCUCCACCGAAAGUGUGAAAGCCAUUAUAAAUAGCGGUCACGUCUGUAUUUUGAACCCUCACUAUCAAGCCCUGAAAAUACUGAGAAAUCCUGAUCUCAAACCCUACAUAAUUUACAUCAAGCCACCCCCAUUGGAGGAACUGAAGGAAACCAGGAAUGCAGUACAUGCCAGAUCCACAUUUGACGUAAACAAUUCCAGAGGGUUCACGGAAGAAGAGUUCAACGACAUCAUAAAAUCGGCGCAGAGGAUCGAGUUUUUGUACGAUCAUCUUUUCGACGACACUGUCGUAAAUGGCGAUUUAGCCGUAGCUUUUAGUCAAAUUCUUCAAAUUGUCAGUCGUGUCGAGACGGAGCCCAUGUGGGUACCCGCCUCUUGGGUGCAGUAAAUUUACCGUUUUAGUUGUGCUGCCAAAACUGAGAUUAACUCGAAUUGUUACCUUUUCUAUUCGCUUGAGCAGAAACAUGCAUUGCAUUCGGAGGACGGUUUUGUUGAGGUUUUCUUCGUGUGAAAACAAUCCGGUUGAAAUUUGCCAUUCCAAAACUCAUUGUGGACAAUAAUAGAUUUCAUAUUUUAUUAAAUGUUCGAUUAGUUGUUUUGCUGACAGGAUAUUAAUGUUUUGUUGGUCACUAGAUGGAUAUAAACCAUUUUUUUAUGACCGUGAAGUACAUAUAGCAAUAAACGCUUCCUUGCUGUACCAAAGCGGAAAUGGUUAUUCAAGCCAAAAGUGUGUUUGAAAUAGAGCCCAAUUAUUUUAAUUCCGAAUGGAAAAAAUAUAAAUUACGUCUAGAAAAGAUCAUACACCGUUUGAUUGGAAAAUAGAAUUUGGUUAAACUUCCUGAUUUUUGGUUAUUUUGUAGAUUUUGACACUAAAACUUCGAAAAACAAAUUUCUUAAUUGUUUUAUCUCUUUGAAAGAACCAAUUAUCAUUUUCUCAUCAUUCCCACUGUGGAAUUCAACAAAAUCAUUCAGAAGCUCAUAAUUAUUCAUAACACUGUGCUCUUGGGCUUAUCAGCGAUUCGCUUUUUUAACCAUCUCCUUAACAGCAUAAAUUGAGAAAAAAUAAUACGUAUCCGAACACUAUUUUGACAAAAUAAAAAAAAAAUUACUUUAGAAUAUAUGGCUCGCCAUAAAUACCUCUUAGGCCCGUUUGCACCAAUCCCCCUUAAAAUGAGUACUUAACUAAGCG